AUGUCUAAACGCGACGUUCAAUUUCAGCCGCGAAUGGUCAAGAAGGGCCCAUUCACCGUCGAAGCUCCCAAUUACGAAAAGGUGGAGGGCGAGACGAUUCCUCGUCGUCACCCCAAUGCGAAGAACGGUCUGAUUCUACGACCCUCCGAGGAUGUUGCGACGACUUACGACAACAUCCGCCGCUCCGCUCGCCUGUUCGGCAACAACAAGGCAGUGGGCACCCGCAAGUUGAUCAAGACCCACGUCGAGAAUAAGAAGAUCAAGAAGAUGGUGGAUGGCGUGGAAAAGGAGGUGGACAAGCAAUGGACCUACUUUGAGAUGAGUGGGUACAGCUACAUGACCUUCCUCGAGUACGAGCAGUUGUGUCUGCAACUGGGCGCGGGUCUGCGCAAGCUCGGCCUCGAGAGGGACGGUCGUCUGCACCUGUACGGUGCCACCAGCGCCCACUGGCUGGCCAUGUCACAUGGUGCUGCCUCGCAAUCCAUCACCAUCGUCACCGCAUAUGACACACUGGGUGAGGAAGGUCUCAAGCACUCCCUUGUCCAAACCUCCUCGACGGCCAUCUUCUUGGAUCCCGGCCUGAUCAAGUCUCUCACCCACGUGUUGGGAGAUGUCUCCUCGAUCAAGCAUGUCAUCUAUAACACCGACACCGAGGUCAACCAGCAGGACCUGGAGAAGUUGAAGGCUGAUUUCCCCCACGUCAAUGUGCUCAGCUUCGAGGAUCUGCGCAAGUCCGGCGAGGAGAACCCCGUGGAGCCCGUGCCUCCCAAGCCCGAGGAUCUCUGCUGUAUCAUGUACACAUCAGGUUCCACCGGCCCCCCUAAGGGUGUCCCCUUGACCCAGGCCAACGUGAUCGCCGCCACUGCCGGUGUCAACGAGAUUGUGGGCCCCUACAUUGGCCCCAACGACUCACUCCUCACCUACUUGCCGCAGGCGCAUAUUUUGGAAUUCAUGUUCGAGAACCUGUGCUUGUUCUGGGGUGGCUGCAUGGGAUACGGCAACCCCCGCACAUUGUCAGACACGUCCAUGCGCAACUGCAAGGGUGACAUUCGCGAGUUCAAGCCGACCAUUUUGGUGGGUGUCCCCGCGGUGUGGGAGUCGGUGAAGAAGGGUGUGUUGGGCAACCUCAACAAGAACAGCUUCAUCAUCAAGGGCAUGUUCUGGGGGGCCAUGGCUGCCAAGAACUUCUUGUUGACCAAUGGCUUCCCUGGAGCUGAUAUGGGGGCCUCCUUCCUGGAUGCCAUCGUGUUCAAGAAGCUGAAGGAGGCGACUGGUGGCCACCUUCGCAUUAUGAUGAACGGCGGUGGUCCCGUGUCCAAGGACACCCAGCGAUUCCUGUCCAUGGCCAUUGCUCCCAUGAUCAGUGGAUACGGUCUGACCGAGACCUCCGCCAUGGGUGCCCUGAACGACCCCUUGGCCUGGAACCCCAAUGCUUUGGGUGAAAUUCCCGCCUCGGUGGAGGUCAAGCUGGUCGAUUUCCCCGAUGCGGGCUACCUCACCAAGAACGACCCCCCUCAGGGUGAGAUCUUCAUUCGCGGCGGCAGUGUCACCUCCGGAUACUUUGAUAACGAGGCGGAGACCGAGAGUGCCCUGACCAAGGAUGGUUGGUUCAUGACCGGCGAUAUUGGUGAAUUCGAUAAGAACGGCCACCUGCGCAUCAUUGACCGUAAGAAGAACCUGGUCAAGACCCUCAAUGGAGAGUACAUUGCCCUAGAGAAGCUCGAGUCAAUCUACCGAUCCUCACCCGUGGUGGGCAACAUCUGUGUCUUCGCCGCUGAGGAUCAAGACAAGCCCGUUGCUAUCAUCGUUCCCGUCGAAGCUACCCUGAACAAGCUCGCCAGUGAUAACAACAUCCAGGGUGAUUCCCUUGAGACCCUGGUGCACAAUGAGAAGAUUCAGCGUCUGGUCUUGGAGCAACUCCAGAGUGCCGGACGUGCCGGUGGCCUCAAGGGUAUUGAGAUCAUCAGCGGUGUCGUCCUCUCAGACGAGGAAUGGACCCCUCAAAAUGGCUACAUGACUGCUGCGCAAAAGCUGCAACGAAAGAAGAUUGUCAACAAGUACAAGGCCGACAUUGACAAGGCUUACGGCAAGAAAUGA